AAAAUUAAAUUACGUUUUUACUUAUAAUCCUAAUUAGUUCUGGAAAGUUAGAGUAAAUUACUUUUUUUGCUUAUAAUAAUACAUAUAGUUUAUCUCGGGAGCCCUAAGAAGAAAAAAAACCCUAGUUUCUGUCGUGGUAAUCAAGCAAUGGAAGAAAGAUUAGGUAAUAAACGGAGGAAGGUUUCUCCGUCGUUGUCCGGCUUAUGGUCGUUGCCAGAUGAUGUGGCGUUGACCAUCCUAUCGCAGGUCUCGAGAUUUGACCGUGGCGCCUUGGCUACAGCCUCCAAGAGCUUCCGCUCUGUAGUAGCUUCCCCUGUGCUCAAUGGCUUGAGAUCCACAGAGGCAUGCUUCUACGUAUGCUUGCGCCUCUUCCCUGGGAAACAGGAACGACUGGUGUUAUAUAGGGAAGCUUUUAUACUGUCGUGGUGAUGGCGGGAGGAUACUGUGGUGUAACCCGGUACCAGGUGCUUGAUUGGAAAGAAGUAAAAGGUUUGGAGCAAGAGCUGCAGCGGCCGUGGAGACAAGACCUCUGUACUAUUAGUCCGUUGACGCUCAUGCCCUGUCAAGUUCGAUAUCCUGAUAUAUGUAGGCUCAGCGGUAACGCUGCUGGGAACAUUGUCAUAUUCUGGAACGUUCCUGAGAGUAUUGAGCUUUGGUCUGCUGAGAUUUCCGUUGAGAAAGGGCAGGGACUCGCGGAGGUUUGGGGGAAGGUUGAAUGGUCAGGUCAUGUCUUGAAACUUGAGCCUCUCUCUUACGUUGAGUAGUACAUCAAGUCUGGUUUCUUGGAAAAGGAGAGCAAGUAAGUCUUAUCUCACUUUGCUUCCAAUGUGUUAUCGGUUUCUGAUCCUAGACUUCUGAUUUUAUUUGUCUAAACCUGAUCAUUGACCGCGUUGAGAUCUAAUUGUGUUUGGCCAAUAAACUACAACAAAGCGCAUCCAUAAAUUCAAUUAUAAGAUGGUAAACCUCACUGGAUUUUGUGAUCGUAGCGAUUAAAAAAAAAAAUCGUUUUGGAGGCCAAGGGAACUGUAGAUGAACCAGUACUAUAGUGGACUAGUGGUUAAAGGUUUCGCUUACUUUAACAUUAGUUUUAGACGAUCAUGAAAUACCAGAUGAUUGCUGCUGUUAUUUUUAAUUUGGUCUACUAGUUUCUGUGAAUAUUAAUGUGACAGUGCCUUUUAGCAAUGUCCACCUCCAGAAUCUCGAGGCAGCUAAUGUUGAAAGGAAAGGAGAUUUUCAUUCGAAGUAGUGAACACACAUUCGAGCUUAAAACAGUUUAUUCCUUAGAGAGUUGCAGGAGAGUAAGGAAGUGUUGCAUCAUUUUUUUUUUCAAAUGCUCAUUGGUGAUGGACCAUGCUCUGGUUUGACAAUUGAACAGACUUUUACCCUCUUCUCACCUAAGAGACAGUGACUGCAAUGUGAAUUUCAUUGCACAUUAACAAACUUGAAAAGGCCUAAUAGUGCUAGGCCUAGUUCGGCCCAUAAUUAUUUUGGUAUAACCUAGCCUUUAUUCAGGGCUUGUUAGUUAAGUAUAUACUAGAUUUUGACCCGCGCUUUUGAAGCGCGGGAUAUUUUACGAUGAAAAAUUUCACUAAUAAUUUAACAAAUAUUUUGGUAAUUUUUUUAAGAGUGUGUAUUUAAAAUAUUUUUUCAUUUAAAUCAGUAUUUUUAAAUUCAACC